AUGUCAUUCAACACAUUCACUAAAGAAUUGAACUAUCCGCUAUUCGGCCUACAGUUCAUCGACAACAACACUUUUGCAGUGUCUGGUGGUGGGGGAGAGGGCCGCCACGGGAUCCCUAACGGCCUCGACAUCUUCCAAAUCACCAAUAAGCAAGAUGCUGACAAUAAGAAAAAAGACAGCAAACCACCACCACCAUCACAGCAACCAGUGCCAGACCUCCUCAAACCAAAAGAAUUGAAACUCAUUGGUGAAUUCAAGUACGACAAAAACACUAGCGAUGCCCCAAUGAGCUUGGCGUACCACAAGCCCACGGGCACCGCGUACUUGGGUUGUAACGACGGGAAGACAAUCAUCGAGACCACCUCGACAAACCACGAUUUGAAGGCGUUGAAGAUCAGCGACAAUGGCACCAAAGUGGGAAAAUCCCAGCAAUACCGAGUGUUUCCUAACAAAGUAGAAGGCUCCAGUUAUAUCAAGAAAAUCGAGGCCCAUGACCUUGGAAAAUUGGUAAUGUUGUCAUCUGAUGCGGUCUCCAGAGUCUACGUUAAUGAUAUUACCAGUUUAGACAAUCCCCUGGUAUUUGAAGCAAAGGAAACUCAAGAAAUCAAGGAUUUUUCUAUCAAAAAAAGUUCUAAUGAUGAUGAUAAAGCAUUGGAGUUUGCAUACGUUACCAAAUCGACGGGGAAAAUUGUCAACGUUGUUGCUAAGAAAUCUCCAGUGAUCAAGGACUUGAAACUCACUGCCAAAGAAUGCCAAUUGUUGAGAAUUAAGUAUUUGUCAAGUACAAAGCUAUUAAUCUUGGGAGCGUCGCCCAACAAACAAAUCAUCGCUUACGUGUAUUGUACCGCGACCGAUAAGGUGAUCAACCGCCAAGUGUUAGUGAAGAACGUCAAGAGUGUCAAUGCCGUCGACUUUGCACCAUUCAACAAUAAUAACACUGCCGGGCUUUUGGCCGUUGCCACCAGCGAUCUCAGCGUGGUGUUGUACCACGUCGCUCUUGAUGGAGGGUACAAAAUUGUCAAGAUCUUUGAGUUCCCAAGAUCUCAUGCUUUUGCCGUGACCAAUAUUGCAAUUGAAGAAAACUUGAACCAUGUGGUGAGCGUCAGUGCCGCCAACAGUAUCCACGUCAUUGAAUUGCCUAGUGUUGAGACUUUGGAAAGUUUGAAGGAUGGUGGAUCAAUGCUUUGGUGGAUAAUCUUGAUGAUUCUUGUCUUGAUAAUCGCCAUGUAUUUGGCAAAUGCGCAAUAG